AUGAAACGAAAAGUAAAUGAUGUAGGAGAUAGUGAAGAUGUGGAUGAAGAUGAAAAAGUGUCAAAAAAGUUAAAAGCAGAAGAUUCUGAAGAAGAAAUAGAUGACAAUGAGGAAUCUUUAUUUGAUGCAGAUUUUGAUAUCAAAAAAUUUCGACAGAAUUUAAAAGCAGGAAACUUUUAUGAUGACCUCAAGCUCUUCAUCAAACAAGCGUCGAAGAAUGCUGACAUUAUUAGAGCGUUUGCAGAUUCUGGAAUAAAAGCACUAGAGAUUGCUGAAGUCAUUAAAAACAAUGAGGAAUCAAAUCUCGAAGUUAUUUCAAAUCUUUACAACGUGCUUCGAAGUCUGAUCUCUCACAUUAAAAAUGAUGAUAAUCAAAGAUUGGACCCAACAGUACAAGCAUUAAAAUUUCUUAUAUCAAUCGGAAAGAUGUUGUCAUCCUCCAAAACAUCUGACAAAGUUCUGAUGUUAAAAAUUCUCAGCAUUGCGACAUCAUUGGAUACUGAAAUCGGACGAGACAUUCUCAAAAACAUCGACAUCUUUGGAAAGUCUUCUGAAAAAGAUGAUUUUUCUAUUUUUGAAGACAAAAAAAGUAAAAAAGUUGCAUACGAAGAAUCCGUCCGACUUGCUUUUGUUCAUUUUAUUCUUGGAUUUUUACUUCACGAGAAAGACGUGAUCUUGAGGAAGAAAAUUCUACAGAAAAGAUCACUUUUUGAAUUCUUCCUUCGUGAUUUGUAUAAAGAUAAUUAUGAGACUAUAAAGAGUGUUAUCACAUGCUUGACAAAAAAUGUUCUCAUCUCACAAGCAUUUAGUAAGCCUGAAAAGUUGAAGAUCUUCACAGAUAACGCAAUCAAAUCGAUUUUAAAGCUUUAUAUGUGGAAAAGUGACGAUGACAGUGAAAAGUCGAGUGUUUUGAAUAUUACUCAUCAGUUUCUUUUACUUCUGCUUACCAGCAAAAAACAUGGAAUUGUCUUCAAGGCUCUUAGUGAAAAGCGACAAAAUUUACGACAACUUCAAGUUCUAAAUCUUUUCAAGAAUGUUUGGAACAACGAAUAUCCGUCAAUGCUUAUGAUUGAGAUAAUAAAGUCAUGUCCUGAUUUAAUGCAAAACCUUCUGAAUCGACUUGUGAUGGGACUUCAACCGCAAGUUUCUACAAAUUGGUUUAUGUGUGUGAACUUUACGACAGAGUUAAUUAAAGUUAUGGAACCUUCAUUGAUGAUCAACUCGUUUGCAAUGCUUGAACCAAAAAAGAUAUCAAGUAACAUUAUAAAACUGUCAAUCUCACAAUUUAUUCUUCAAAAUGUCAGUGAAACUGCUUUGAUUCAAAUUGGAAAUGUUGAGAUGAGAGAAGCAUCAUUGAAGCUGCUUCACGUCAUGCUUGAUCGUUGCUGCAAAUAUUUAAACGAAGUGAAGAAGAUUCAAACACUGAAGGAUUUCGAAAAGCAUCGAAUAAAGUUUGACAUUAUUAAUCACAUUUUCACGUUUUAUCCACACAUUGACAUAAUUUUGAAUUCACUUUAUCGAAGUAUCAAUUUCUCGACGAAACAAACUUCAGAUGAGAAUGUUGGGAAAUUAGUGAAGUCACAACUUAAACACACACUUGAAAUCUUAUUGUUGAUCAUCAAAUAUUUUCCAUCGAUUAUUGAGAAGAUUCCAAACGUCAUCAAUUUUCUUGAAGUGCUUCGUCCAAUCUACGAGUAUCAACUGUCGGCAUCUGCUGACGUCGAUAAGAAUGAAGAUUUAGAAAUAGAAAUGAAAGUUGUGAAAGUUAUUUUAUCACUUCAACCGAGCAUUUUAGCAAUCGAGUCGGAAAUGUUUCAAAGAAUUUUUCUUGUCUUAAUUCAAGUUUAUUGCUUCAGUAGCAACGAUGAAUUCAGAAAGGAAUCAAAAAUUUUAUUAUCAGGAAUUCUUCACAAUUCAAUGAUUUUAAAUACGGAAUCGAGUCUUGAAUUGAAUGUUUGGCUGGAAACUUUUAAAUGUGUUAAAAAAGGAAUUUUGAAGGAAUCAGCAACGACAUUUGUAAAAGUUUUACGAUCAUUGAAGAAUUCGGAGAAUGAAAACUUAAAGUGGGAACAUCAGGAAGUGAUGAUUUGUGAUUUUGAAUUGCUAAAAAUGAUUGACGACGAAGAGGAAGCUGACGAAAGCGACACAAGUGAAGAACUGAGUUUAAUUCUACCAGCUUUACUCAACAUGAAAUCAAGCAAAACUAAUCGAAUUAUCGAUUUUAUUGAAAUCGCUUUUGUGCUUUUGUACCAUUCAUAUCCCCAAUAUCGAAAAUCUUUUAUGAAGCUACUCGAGGACAAACAAAACGAAAUCAAUACACAAAUUCUCAGCUACAUUAGGAAACAAUCGUUAAAAGAUUUCGGUGGCACUCUUGAAGCUUACACUGAACUUGUUUAUAGAAAAUUUCAACUUGCAAUCAUCAAUGAUGAGUUUGUUGAAAUGAAUGAUGUUAAAGACAUUCAAGAACUUGAAAUGUUGAUUAUCCAAUCAAUUUUCUGCGCAUUUAAAUUGGAAAAGUCUGGCAAAUUAACAAAUGAAAAAGUUCAACUUCUAACAAAUUACAUACAAAAGUUUUUCACAAACAUCAUGGAAAGUGAGAAGAACGAUUCAAAUUUGAUUUUCUCGAUGGAUAUCUUCGAGAAGAUUCAACCAGAAGACAUUGAGAAGAAAGCAAAUAAAAUCAGCGACUUAACAAUGGCGCAACCAUCAGUAAAUCUCGUCAAACACAUUUUCAAACAUCAAACUAUGUUGUUAAAUAAAUUCACAAUUUCUCAACCAGAUCAAUUGACAAUCUUCAUUGGCGAACUUAGUGAGAUUAUGAAAUCAACAAAUGAAUUUGAGACGAGUUCGAAAGGAUAUCGAAUAAAAAUUGUUUCUGAAUUGAAAGAAAUGUUGUCAACUGAAAGUUUGAUUAAAGAUGAAGUGUUUGACAUCAUUGAGAAGUUUUCACUCGACGAUGUCAAUUGUGUCGACAUUUUAAGUGUUUUGUUGAUGAAGAAAAUGAAGAAUAUAAAGGAAAUGCAUGUGAAGUUAGUUACAAUACUGAUGAGGAGAUUGACAUGCUUAAAGACGUUGCCACUUACAAAGAAAGUAAUUGAAAAGCUGGAAGUUUUCUACAUCGAAGCAGCAUCAAACACAGCAAUUGACUUGAGUGCACUUGAAGACACUCUACUUGAUUACUUCACAGAAUUUUGUCACAACAUUGGAGAUUUAAGUGUAAAUAUGUUCAAAUUAGCAUUCAGAGAAGAUCAAACAGCAACAAAAUCUUUCGUUAAACUUUUCAAAAUGAUUUUCACUCGCAAUCAUCAUUGGAAUAAAAUUUUCAUUAAAGAUGUGAUGAAAAUGAAGAAGGAAUUGAUGUAUCCAUUAUUGAGUGUGGCUUUGAAGAAGGAGUUAAUGAAAGUUGAUCAAUGUAAGCCAAUUUAUCAAGAAUUCAAGUCGGGAAUAAUCAAAGCAAUUGAAAAGCCCAACAAAGCCGCGCAAAUUUAUCGUGAAAAUAUUUUAACUUCGCUUAAAUUAAUUGAAUUGUCGAUGCCAUUAAAUGAAUGUCAAGAUCUUGCAAUGAAAAAGUUUAAAUUUGACGCAUCAGAAGUUUAUCAAGUUAAGAUGCUUCAUGGAAUUUUCACGAAAGCUUUCAAAGCGAAUAAUGAUGGAAAAAUUUUCAUUAAUUUUAUUAAUCAUUGGCUGAAUUUGUUUGUUCUGUCGUUGAACAACAAUUCAGGAAUUAACGAAGAAUAUUUGGAAGUUCUUAGCGAUUGGAUGAAGAUCAUCAAGCCAUUACCUUCAAAUCUUCCUGAUGUCGAUGUCAACAUGAAAACUUGGGAAACUUUCAUUAAAAUGUGCUUGAAGCAUGGAUUGAAAUCAUGCGAAGGCUCAAAGAUGUUGAUGUUACUUGGUCAAGUGAUAAGAAGCAUCAAUGUAACAGCUGAUGAAGUGACGACAAUUUUUGACAUGAUUUUAACACAUUCAAACUUCUUCAAUGUUGUUUUCAAUUUCAAAGUUUCUGGUCGUGUUUUGAAGACGAAUUUAUUCUUUCUUCUGAAUGUUUUGGUGCAAAGGAAUCCGUCAGUGGCACAUGAGAAGCACAUUCCAAUUCUUUUGUCAGCAUAUCAAGCGACGAUGUCAUCAUCAGAUCAAUUAAUUCUUAAUUUACUUCGUUUUUAUGAGUUAAGAUGUGGAAUUGAUUUCUUUGAUUUUCGUCCGUUUUUGUUUGGACCGACAGCUUUGUCACACUUCACAUCAAACGAUGAACAAGAAAUGAUGCUAAUGAAGAAAACUGUUGAUGACAUGAAUGGAAUGUUUGUGAAAGUUUUGGACUUAUUCGAGAAAUCAAUGAUCGAAAGCACGCUAAACAAAUUUCCAAUUAAACGAAAACUUGCUGGCGUUCCAAGUGAUGAACUUGAAGGAAUUUUAAAAGAAGAAGUUGAUGAUUGUGAUGCUGUUUACGAUCCUGGUUACUUUCUUCCUCUCUUUGAAAUGAUUUUAUCAUCGAGCAACUUUAUUUUCAUCUCGUCAGCAAAGAAGAAUAAUUUGAUGUCGUUAAUCUUCCCAGCAUUGUCAUGUGAAGAUGAAAACAUGCGACUUCUUGCUGCUCACAUUCUACUGAAAUGUCGUGAGUGCAAUGAAAAUAAAAAAGGUACAAAAGAACUUUGGAUUCGCUUCUAUGAUUCGAUCCAACAAGGCUUUAGUGAGAUUCAAGAAGGGACUGGAAACGAUGAUAAAGCGAAAGAAAAACAUUUUCCACGUGCUGCUUCGAUAUCGACGCAACUUCUAUCUGAGUUUGUGAAUAUUUUACCGAAUUCACUUCAUAACGCUUACAACAUUGCGUCGAAUUAUUUUGUUGUUCGAGAGAAAUUUGAAUUCAAUCGAAUUCCAGAACUUUUCGUGAUGUUUUACAGUUAUGAUGUCCAUCAGGAAGAACAUCGAAUGUUCUUGUUAAAUGCGAUCUACAAUGGCAUUAAAGACGAUUUAGAUGUCAAGCUUAUAAACAACACGCCUUUGAUUAAAAUUCUUCUUUCAUGCUCCCGAUGUUCAUUGUCAAAUCGGAAAAUUGAUUUGAUGAUUUUGAAGAUUUUUGAUCGAAUCGUAACGAAAACAUCGAAAACUGCAUUUUUGUUGCAAAAAUUUGGGCUUGGAGUUUGGCUAUUUGAAGUUGCAGUUAAAGUUGAAGCUUUUGAAUAUGAGAUGAUUGAAGCUAUUUUAAAUCUGAUUAACAAUUGCGUCAAAACGAUGUCAAUGAAGGAUAAAGUUAAUUUCUGUCGAUUGUUUAUUUCACUUCUUUGUAUGCUUCCAAAGUUCACAAAGUCAAAACUUUCAGCUGAAGGUUUUCUGAACUUUUUAAAAGUUAUGAACAUAAAAGGAAAUUUUAAACACGAAGUUACUAAAGAACAUCAUGAAAUGAUUAAAGCAUUAUUUGAAGUUUUCCUUUCGGAACAACAAAUGAAAUUCAUUAACUAUCUCGACAAUCGUCCUGAAUCAUGUUCGUUCCUUGAAUCUUCAGACGACUACUGCAAAUCAUUUUCAACAGAACUUGACAGCAACACAAAAUCAAUUCUCUUAGAAGGUCGACAAUACUUGAUUAAUUAUCAUAAAAAUUAG